AUGAGGGUGACGUUAGUAACAAAGCGGUGCAAUAAAAAGAUAAUAUUAUUUUUAUAUACUCAUGGGCCAGGGGAUGGUGAGUCCGAUUGGGCUGGCCAUUAUCGAGGUGCUUCGUCGGCUUCGCUCUACCUUCUUCUCAUUUGGGAGGGUGCGAUCGCAGAAGCAAAGCAGAGAUUCAGUGUUGAGUGUUCGCUUCUGCCAACCAUGGAGGCUACCGAAUUGCCCAACAUAAAAAAAUGGAUUGUGUUGUAUCCUGUUUACAUUAACUCCAAAAAAACGAUGGCUGAAGGAAGACGCAUCGCGGUCGCCAAAGCUUGCGAAAACCCCAUGUGUGCCGAAAUCGGUGAUUGCUGUAGCUAUCUCAAGCUUCCUUAUGCAAUUGAGAUAGACAAGGCGUAUCCUCGCGAUUUCAUGCAAAGAGGGCGGGUGAGGGUGUUGCUGAAGAAGGAGGAUGGGACAUUCUAUAAUCCCUCAAUCUCGUCCAGAAAGCAACUAAUGUUACGGGUUGCAGAGAUGGUACCUAGACAUCAUGGAAGGACCAAGAAGCAGGAGACUGCAUCAACAUCAACUACUGGACCUUCCAACAAAUCUGGAAAGGGUGGGAGAAAGAGAAGAUAA